AUGGCAGACUUGCUCCCAGGACGUCACUACCGCCUUUGCUUGGACGUGGACGGCCUUGGCUCUCUGUACUCUACUGGGCAGUCAUCAAUCACUCAGAUCUACAUCUCUCCCAUCAUCUCGGCCUACACUGGUGUCCAAACACUGAACACAGUGCAGGAUCAGGUCCUUGAUGUGCGGUGCACAGCGACUGCUGAGUGCUCGUCUCUCACAGUCUGGUACUUGACCGCGGGCACUUGUGGAGAAUCCGGAGAUGCUUCUUUACAGCCACAACAAAUUUCUCCAGCACAGGCGACAGGGGUGCUGAGUGCGUCAAGCAGUUCCGGUGGGCAUGAAGCACGACUGGAUGGAGCGAAGCUUGAAUCUGGCUGGCAUUAUCGCCUGUGCCUAGACUUGGACGGCGUGGGCGAGAAGUACUGGCCAGGGGACACUUUGGUGCAGGUGUUUGCCAGCGGCAUUCUGGCACUUGCACCUCCCCAGAUCCUUGUGUCACCUUCAGAGACAAUGUUCUUCCAGUGUGCCCCAAUGGGAUGCUCUGCCGACGCGAUGGUUUGGUUGGCGCCAGACUGCGGCUCGGUGGCCGUGACUCCUCCUGCGGCUUUGAACGUCAGCGGCCUGCAGGCCUCAGCUGUGCUCGACACAAGCUCUGCUCCAGCCGGGCAAAUGCUGGAGUUGUGCUACCAGGGCGCCGGGUUGCUGCCAGGCGGCACGCGGCUUUUUGUUUACCUCUCUGGCAUCCUUGCAGUGCAUCCCUGGAUUCAGACUUGGGUUGGCCGCCUGUCGGUGGAGUGUGCCACGUCCGCCUGUGACACUGCAUCUGAGGCCUACCUGGGGCUGCAAUGUGAAAGCCGGCCUGGCUCACUGCCACCAACAGCUGCUGCCCAGUUGGUCCAGGACGGUGAUGAGCACACGACUGUGCUUGACUUGAGCCCGCUGAUUGCAGGAGUUCACUACAGGCUUUGCACAGACUUGGAUGGGCCAGGCCCGCUGCCCGCCUUCUUCUCGAGCUUCUCUGUCUUUGUGACGCGUGUGCGUCAGUCUGCACUUCACCUGGUGGCAAAGCAGGUCGCACGCUAUCCGCUCCUGCUGGACUGCGAUCCAGCCGGCUGUCCUGGAGCUGUAGCCGAGGCUUUCGCAGCGGAGAACUGCAGCGCGCAGCCACAGCCUGGGGACAGGCUCACAACUGAAGGGGCCCGCAGGAUUGCCACGGUGGAUGCAUCGUCCCUGACCGCAAGGUGGUACUACUUGUGCUUCGAUGAGGAUGGCAAGGCAUCCGCAGCUCUGCACCCGGGCCCGGUGGGCCAUCUCUUCGUGAGCCCCGUGAGCGCGGUGUGGCCAGGCACCUUGGCCGCUGGCGGUCUUCGAACCUUGAUGCUGAAUUGCACCAGCUGUGAGGGUGCUGCCGUCUUUCUGUCGGCAACCUGCACCUCGCACAAUGCAUCCAGCGCUUUGGAGCCUCUGGGAUUUGGGUCAAGUAUGGCGAUGCUGGACACCUCAUCCGUGGAUCCUGGUUUCUAUCGGCUUUGCGUGAAGGACUUGGCAGGGAACGUCACCGGGCCGAGUGGCGAGGCGGUGUUCGUGGCGCCAGAGCUGGCCCUGCAGCAGGCAGGCGUCCUGCAAGGCAUCGCAGAGGUCCGCAUUGACUGCGCGGGCUGCGGGCUGCUGCACUUCGCGCUGGCCACGGCCUGCCCUUCGUGGGACCCCCUGUACCAGGUGCCAAUGUCAUCAGCUGCCAGCAUCUUCUCUCCUACUGUGGUCACCGUCGCCAGUGGCCCGGUUUCCCUCGAUGCGUCUGGCCUGCCGGCGGGGCGGAUGGCGCGGCUGUGCGUCGGCUCGGAGGACUUCCCGAUGGGUGACGGUGGGCUGUCGCUCUUCGUUUCGCCCGUGAGCGCCGUUUCCGUGGACGUCCUCACGGCAGCUGCAGCGCCCCAGUCUUUCCAGCUGAGCUGUGCCGGCUGCAGUUCCAUGACGCAGGCAUUCCUCUCCGUCAACUGCAGCGAAGAUACUGAGUGGGGGGAUACAAGCGAUACCAACGACAGGACGCCCGCAUCCAAUCUGGCCGGGGUUUCUGGAGGUGAGUGGUGGGCGGCAAUCAACACCACGUCCUUGGAGCCAGGCAGCUACUACGACCUUUGCGUGGAUUUGGAUGGUGAGGGCGAAGAGUAUCCAACCGGCCCAUCACAGUUUCAAUUCUACGCCUCCGCGUUUGCACCGCAGCGCUUCUCGCUUCCGCUGUCGCCUACGGCACAGUUGAAGGUGAGCUGCGCCAGCUGCGUCUCCGCGCAGGGGUUCUUGGGAAGCUGCGUGCCAAGAGACCUCCAGCCGGAGGAUGCCGGAAACCCUGACAACAGGUCCAGGCCAGUUUCAGAGUGUUUGGGUGGCACCGGCACAAGCACCGACGCCUGGCCGUUCCUUCCGCAUGGCGAGGACUUUGUGCUGGAGCUGGACACCUGCAAUCUUCUGCCUGGCUCGUACCUGUGGCUUUGCACGGACAUGGAUGGCCUCAGCUCAAGGCAGCAGAUAGGCAAUUCGAGCAUCGAGGUGUACGUCAGCCCAGUGACCUCUCUCGUGGGACCUUCCAGGUUUCUGAAGGGCAGCCAAUCACAGAUGACAAUCACAUGUCCAAGUUGUGUGGCCGGUGUGACGACAGUGCAAUUAGCCUUCCAGUGCCAUGGUUCGCCGGUGGCUGUGUCGCCUAGCAGCACAGGUGCCGUUGGUUUGCAAGCAGGUUCACAGGGCUGGACCGCAAGCUUCGACACACGCGGAUUGAGCAGUGGACGCCCAUACCGAUUGUGUGUGGAUUUGGACGGGAGUGGAAGCAUGUAUCGUGCCGGCGACAGCGGCUUCACCCUCUCUGUCACAGCCGUUGCAUCCAUCAGCUUGAGUGACGAAGAAUCCGCUCCGCAGCCCUCGCUGGGCCGACGACUGGCGUCGGCGACGACAGGAAGACUGCUGAGCCUGGAGAUGCUCUGCCUACCUGGGCCUGGUGGAUGCGGGAGUCACACCGAGGGCUUCCUGUCGCUCGUUGGGAACUGCACGGCGGUCUCUGAGCCACAUAACCUGCAGCCUCUACAGUCUUACUUCGGCUUAGCCUUUGAACGUUUUGGCUUGAGCUUGAGUACAACUUUACUUCCAGCAGGGUACACCUAUCAGGUCUGCGUGGACAUCGAUGGACCUGGUGCUUUGCCGGCGGCCGACACCGGCUUCACGGUCUACAUGUCACCAGUUCAGAUGGCGGCCUCCUGGGGCGAUUCUCUCUACGUCCUCUGUGCCCAAGGGGGCUGCAGUGAACAAACGUCUGGCUUCCUAUCCUCGGAUUGUUCGAUAACAACUCCUGCAGCUACUUUGACAGCGCCCCAGAGCGGGACGUGGGCAAAGUGGGCAAAGCUACUCUACCUUGCCAACGAGAGUGCGGUCCACGAGUGGCAGCUGUCGGCCCCUGCGCCCUCGGGCCGGCCCCAGCGGCUCUGCCUUGACGUGGAUGGGGCCGGUCCCAUGCCGAGCGGUGACGCAGCAGGAGUUUUUGUCUCUGAGAUCCAGGAUUUGUUCACAGAGGGAGUGGCACAGGGUAUGGAUGCUGUGACCUUUGCCUGCACCACUGGAAGAUGCUCUGAGAUGUCACAGGCUUACCUGGCCAAGACCUGUGACAUCCACGACCUGGAUGCUUCGGCCGUGGAGGUCUUGGGCGAGAGGACGGCAGCCGUGCUCUUCGUCCCGGACAAUGUCACGGAGGCAGCGAACAACACGGAGGUGUUCUCAGUGCAUCUUCGCACAGACGGACUGCAUGCAGGAUGGCACUACAGGCUUUGUGUGGAUCUAGACGGCGCUGCCUUGGACCUGCCCAUGGGCGAUACGCAGCACAAGGUCUAUUUGAGCCCGUUGCAGCAGGUGGAAGCCAGAGCCACUGCGGGCGAUGUGCAGCUGAGCUUCACUUGUCUGGAUUGCACGGAGCUGUCGGAAGGCUUCUUGUCACAGGACUGCUACCGCACUGUGCUGGCGCGGUCGAAGAAUGCCACAGAGGACUCAGACAGUGAGUCUUUGCGUGAGGCGGGCAAUGAGAGUGAGGUCAGUGCUACAGCGCCCACAGCCUUCAUGGCUGGCUUGACCUGGAGCGUGAACCUCUCUACCAUCGACUUAAUGGGUGGCCUCUCCUACAGGCUUUGCGUGGACUUGGAUGGCCCAGAGUCAUCCCGCCUGGUGGGAGACACAGGCCUCAGAGUUUUUGUCAGCCCCGUCACAGCGGUGGAGCCCACCUUGCUGACGCCUGGCAAUUCCUCGCUCAUUCUCGUUUGCGAGCGAGGAGGCUGCGACUUCCUGACAGAAGGCUACUUGGCAGAGAGCUGCCAAAACCCGCCUGAGAGCUGCGAGGACACUGCGAACAGUACUUUGGUUGGAGCAACGCCGAUGAGUACCAUCAAAGCCAAGUCGCCAGCCGAGCGAAGCUUGGAGCUGGAUUUGGCUUGCACCAAGCUGGGGCGAUAUCGCCUUUGCAUCGUGGGCCGCACGGAAAGCUUCGGCGUUGUCACCACCAGCAUUCAGGAAGCAGGGUUCGACAUUGACAUCAGCUAA